AUGCUAUCGCCGGAUGGCAUAGUUGGCAAUACAUCCUGGACUAGUUGGUAUUCUAAAGAACCCUCGGUUGCAUAUUCACCAAGCAGUGAUGCUGCAAGUUGUAGAGCCCUCUUAACGGAAACGAACUGGUUCAACUCGUUUAAAAACAAAAUGCCAUUGAACACCUUCUUCUAUUAUGAUUACAAAUAUGAUUCCCAGGGAUAUCAGACGAAAUGGAGUCCACUUACUACUUUAAAUACAAGGAUGGUGACAGACAUCAACCAACGUGUUGCAAAGUAUCCACGGAAACUCUACCUAUUGCCAUCCAGAAGCUUUUUCAGAAGAGUCAACACCGACAACGGAACUGAUAUAUUCAAAAUCCCAUCUUGUCUUGUUACAUACACUAUUACUAUGUUCAUUCAAUUUAAAGACCCCCGCAGAUUCGCACGCCCUGCUACUGCACGCUUUACUAAUUCAUCAUGGCUUACUUCAACACACCGGAGAGGACCCAAAGAGUUCGGGAGAGACUCCGCCAUAGGAACGAAAGAUUCUACAGGACCAAUCACUUCACUGCAGGAGGAUUUAGAGAACGAACCAAUCGAUUGCGAGGACUCAUCGACCCUAUCCCACCCAGCGAGUUCUUUUGGCAGUACGGAGCAGUUGUCGAUUGCCCAAGACCCAGAGGAAUCCCUGAUCCUGCCGAUCCAACCGAACGGGGCGAUCCUAGACCAGAUCGCGAAGCAACUACAACC